AUGGGUAUAUCUAUUGGGUUGAUUAUCUUCUUUAUAGUAGAUGCUAUAAAAUAUAAGAACUUAAUAUUGAUGAGUAAGGGAGAAAGGUCUUAUGUUAAGCCUUAUGAGAUUAGGUUAUUAGUAGGAGAAACUGGAUUGGUUUUUGAAGGAGCUGGUGGUAGACUAAGAUUGGAGUAUAUAUCUUUAAACCCUUAA